UGAUAGUUCCAUGGCACGCUGCAGCACGUUUCCGUUGGCAGCACAGAUCAGAUGGUGCCCACAUCACUCAAAUAGUAAAAAAGAAUUAGGCCAAUGCAACGCUAGAAUGAAACAUGCAUCUUAUUUUGACAAUUCUGACUAUCUUCCUGCUGGCGUCUGCGCUCAGUGCCGAACUCGAAAAUAAAGGGGCGCCAACCGAAAGUAACAUCGGCCCGAGAAGGGCACAGCGCGUGGUCAAAGGCAAAAGGUGUCGCGUCCCUGGCCGCUGCCGAAAGCCCGUCAAGUUGAGGAAUCCAACAAGCAGCAGCAGCUACCCAUACGAGGGUCUACCGGAUGAACAGUCGACGCCAUCCUUGGCCGAGUCAUGCUCUCAGCAGCCUUUUGGGAAGCUUAGCCUGUGCUGCCAAAACCACCCGAAGAUUUUCGACUUCAUGGAAACGGAGCUGCGUGUGUGCACGAACCGCACUUCAAACGCCAACGACUACACGUACUACAGAACCGUGUUGCUCGAGUACGUUUUGCACCUGUCGGCGAGCCCAAAGAACAGAAUUGAUUUGCGGCGAGUGCCAAUGGCGGUGAAAUUCAUGGAUUGCUUCUUCUCGGAAAGAGGCUGGUUUGACGCAACAAAGCCGGAGCUGUACACAAAGACGCUGGUGGAAGAGUUCAUCGACAACAUUGAAACGUCGUGGGACGACGUGAUGACAGACUCCAUCGUCAAUUGCUCCCUUGUCAUACGAGCUUCCAAUCAGCCUCUCACUUUGAUGCUGCCGUCGCAAGACGACUUGAACCAGAAGCAGAGUUAUUUGGCGUUUCCAUUCGUGUUCACGCAGUGCGUAAGGAAGGUUCUGCUCAUGUUCUGUCCAACACCAAAUAAACCGAUUAUAAGUCAGGCGUGCAUCGAUUUGAGGAACAAAUUCAAAGAAUGCGAUCCCCUUCCCAAAACGUCGACAGUUGGCAGCGAUUACGAGUCGAAUGAUUAUAAUACAGAUUAUUCCUACGGCGAGGAACCGACAACUCCAGACACGUACAACAACUACAAUGGCUACGACGGAUACGACUAUGCGCAGGGUGGCCCUGAUCAAGGCCAGCCGAGCGGAGGCGAAUUGACUACAGCAAACAACAAUGGAAUAAGACGACGACCUAGUGGAAACCCUGAUCGGCGGGUGAAGAACGACUAUUACAAUACAGGCAGGCUGCGAGCUCAGAAGGAAGUGAACGACAUCAGGCUUAUACAGCGGGCCUCGCAAUCGGGAGGACUGAAGAAACGGAAAAUAGUUCGGAAAAAUAACAAAGCCAGAAAAUUUCUAAAGGAUGCAUUUAACUUAUUUGGUUGAACACUGUUUGGAAAUAAAUUGAUCUGUCCCGAAAUAAAAAAAAUAAGGGGGUUUUCUGAUUCUGCGUGGGAAUUUGAGCUCCUUUUCCAUCCUUACACAAAGUUUCGUGGCGAGAUCGAUGGGAAAAUCUCGUCUCCUCCUCAUGGACGCGGUGGCGUCGGGCAGGAAAUUUAAUCACAUUGUGAACAUCUUGUCGUUAUCUGCUGGCAUUUUCCGAUCGGUGCUGGAAGGCGGCCAUCAUGACUUCGACAGCCGAGAUUUGCGAUACGUUUCCCUUGCUCGCAUAAAAGAGGGAUAAAUUUGAUAAUCUGCCCGGCUAAAGGCUGGAGGUUGAAGGCUACUACCGACGAGGAAAGGCGAGUCCACAAAAA